UCUCUGCUCUGCUCUGCUCUGCCUGGCGCAGUCUGCGGCCAGUCGCUCCUCCCCGCCCCGGGGAGCUGAUGUCAUGCGCAGCUGAAGGGGGAGUGUGUGUGGGAGCCGGGAGCCGCGCUGCGGGGAGAGGCGACCGGGGACAUGGCUGAAGUUGAAGAAACCCUGAAGAGAAUUCAGAACCAGAAGGGAGUUCUGGGAAUUAUUGUAGUCAAUGUGGAAGGUAUUCCCAUCCGGUCAACCAUGGACACUGCCACCACUGCCCAGUAUGCCGGCCUCAUCCAUCAGCUGUCAGUCACGGCCAGGAGCAUCAUCCGGGACAUCGACUCACAGAACGACCUCACCUUCCUCCGCAUCCGCAGCAGGAAGAACGAGAUCCUGGUUGCUCCCGAUAAGGAGUAUUUAUUGAUCGUGAUCCAGAAUCCCAGUGAAUGAUAUCUGCCACUACGCCUCGGACAAACCUCCUCAACGGCACUGAGCCGGCGGAAGCGCGCAUUCACCGGGAAGUGUUGAAUUAUCUGUAAGCCUGGCCUCCAUACUCUCCUCAAACCUACCCCCUUGCAUCCACCUCCUCCCUGAGUGUCUGAGUUCAGCGAAUAGCGAGUUAGUCAUGUGCUUACUUACUCACGUACCCGUUGGCCAGUCACGCCUGCGGUAAAGGCUGGCUCCAUUCACGUUACCACAUUGCAGGCUCCAUCAGUGAGAAUUGUUAAUAAUCUCACAGCAUUCUCUUUUAAGGCAAUGAGAAGCAAUCUAUAUCUUAAGAAGCAGUAUUUAACAAGUAACAUUUGUUAAUAAACAAAUAACACUUUGUAUCAAGGAUAGUUGUUCUCAUGUUCGCAUGGGGUUGGGUGAAGAUUGUGAUCAACGUGUAUUGAAACAAAGUUUCAAUACAUGUUGUAAAACAAACGUCUUGUAAAACAAACCAGGGUGUUUUUAGAUUAUAAAAGCAAGGCUAUAAUGUCUUAGGCCAUUCAGUUCCGAGAUGAAAAGAAAUGUCUUCACUCAGAGGAAAACACUUUGUUGGAAUUCCCUGGCCCAGAGGUAUAUUUGGAGGACAUUGAAAGAGCUGGCACGAGCAUAAUGGGCCGAGUGGCCUUCCACCCUGCUCUACACCUCUAUGGAUGCAGGUUAGAACAAGCCAGGAGGUUUUGGAUUGGUACAAGCUGGGAAUUAAUGUGAGUGAUUCCUAUGGUCCCAGGGUUUCACUCUUUAACUGUUUGUACCUUCAUUUUUUUCUCAAUUAAUGGAACAAAUGGUCUUUGACUGAUUGCAAUGUGUUAGUUGGAUAUGUGAUUUUGAGUGGAAACAGGGAGACCCAUGUGAAAGAUCAAAGUGCUUUUUUUAAUAUAAUAAAUAUUGCUCCCACAAA